AUGAGUAUCUCCGUCGAGGACCUCGUCGCAUCCUUCUCCUCAAACCACAUCGGCCAGGAGGCCCUCGACCUUGCUGCCUUACAGGCUCAACUGACAGAGACCUUAGUAGCGCAGUCCCCUUCGACUCAGGCUAUCCCGCAUCGUGGUUAUGUUCAGCCAGCUAACACACCGUCGCGGACACCAUCUUCCAGCAUGUGCUGGGAUCCGCGUGAGUUUGGCAGGGGCAGGAGUUCUAGCGUGGCGAGCAUUGGCCAGCAGCUAGCGAACGAGCGAAAACGGGACUUCGAGGAGACAGAGGAGGAUGAGCGUAUGGUUGAAGACAUGCUCUUCUCAACACCUCCGCCGACGAGCGCCUCCCCACAUCACGCGCUUUGCCACUCCUUCUCACACGCCCCGUCGUCUGCGCCACCCACCCGCUCACAGGUGGCACCCGUCACACCCUCGUACGACUACGCACAAUACGACUUGCCGUCGCCAAAUACCUCGCUCUUCGCGACUACCGACCCGUUCCUUAUGGCGCAGCUUCAGGCUGCACAAAACCCCACACCGUCCCCGUUCGCGCAGUCGGGUCGUCCCUCCCCGCACUCGCCAUUCCUCGCGCACCAACUGCAGUCUGUGUACUCACACCGUUCCAUGCAGGCUGAGGCGGACGUGCACAAUCUGUUCGCUGCAGCAGCGGCGUUCUAA